UACAGGGUAUUAAAUGAAGUGCCAGAAAAUUUAGUUACAGAAUAUGCACAAUAUCAAAAUGAUUCUAAAAGAAUUUAUGAAGAAGCUUUGAACUCUCUACCUAAUCCAAAACCUAUAGAAGACUACAAAGACUGUCCUUCAUUGCAAGAAAAUUUGGUCCAUAAAACUUUCUUAGAGGAACUGGUGUUUUGGACAGUGAAAUUUGAAUUUCCCCAGAAAGUGGUGUGUCUUUUGCUGAACAUGCUUCCAGAUCCUGAUUAUAAAGAGGCAUUGACUAGAGCUUUUGUUCUUCAUUACAGUAGAAUUUCGAUGAUGCUAGAACGAUCAGUAGAUCCCGACACACUGAGUAAUAGAGUGGUGCAUGUAAGCGUGCAGUUAUUUUCAAACGAAAGUUUAGCUUUAAGAAUGACGGAACAUUUAAAUCUGUUACAUGUUAUGGUAGUUAGUUUAAAGUAUAUGAUGAGCAAAAUUUUAAUAAAGAACACCUUACAUGAUCAAAACGAAAAUUUUCAUUAUGUCGUCGACUGUGGCAAACCUGUAAUGAAAGAUCAUUGUUAUUGGCCCCUUGUUUCUGAUUUGAAUAAUGUUCUCUCACAUAGACCAGUAGCAUUAAAGUUUAUGUCGGAUGAUUCUUUAUUGGAAAUGUGGUUCACAUUCUUAGCUAUGUUUCAAG